AUGUCUGAUGUAGAAGUAGUGAACUUGGAAAGAAUACAACAUGGAUUUAAAAAUUUCGACGUGGUGUUAAUUUUCAAAGAUUGUACACGCCCACCAAUACAUAUUAACACCAUUCCAAUGCAUCAAUUAGAAGAUCCAGUAGGAUUUUAUAAUAAUGGUGGCUGGUCAUUUUUACAUGAAAAGGAUUCGGUUUCAAGUAGCAGCGAUGAUUAUGAAGAAUCAGGAGGAAGUGAUGAAUCUGGUGACGAGAGAAAACGAAAACAUUCCAUUGAUGCUACUACAGGCACAAAUAAAAAACUCCAUAUAUGA